UUGAUCGGUCUCAGACUUGUUGCCUCUCUGGAGAAAAAGGCUCUGCUGGAGUUGGUAGAUGGAAAACCUGUCUCUGGAAGAGGUCCCACUUUUCUAUGUGCCUUUCUGAAUCCAUCUGUCCUCAAGAUGUCUCACCACAUGAACAGCUCCAUGCUGCCAACCUCGCAUCCUCCUGACCAUCACCACCCCUCCACCACAGCCUCGGGACACGGUCACGGAUCUGACAUGAUGAUGAUGGCCAUGACUUUCCACUUCAGCUGUGAGAAUGUGCCAUUGCUGUUCUCUGGACUCACAAUCAAUUCUCCUGGAGAAAUGGCUGGUGCUUUUGUGGCUGUCUUCUUCCUGGCCAUGUUUUAUGAAGGCCUUAAGAUUGCCCGGGAGUGUCUGCUCCGUAAAUCCCAAGUCAGCAUCCGCUAUAACUCCAUGCCAGUGCCCGGCCCCAAUGGCACCAUCCUGAUGGAGACACACAAAACCGUGGGCCAGCAGAUGCUGAGCUUGCCCCACCUGCUGCAGACUGUGCUGCACAUCAUCCAGGUGGUGGUCAGCUACUUCCUCAUGCUGAUCUUCAUGACCUACAACGGGUACCUGUGCAUCGCCGUGGCCGCGGGAGCGGGCACCGGAUACUUCUUCUUCAGCUGGAAAAAGGCAGUGGUGGUGGAUAUCACAGAGCACUGCCAUUAACACUGGAUGUGCCCACAGGCCUCCCCACCCCGCUGCUCCCUGCAAGCGCGGCCACCCGAGGACUGGAGCAUUCCUAAGCUGCCAAGAGAAUCAUGAUAAAGAAAAUAAACUGGAGUUCACCACAAGUUCCUGGAGGGAUGCAGGGAUGUGAGGAGCUGGGACGUGCUGUUCCCCUUGACUUUUGAGAGUCCAUGGCAGCCAUUCUUGGUCAGGAUUUGCUUUAUUCUUAGAUUAUGCUGUGAUUGAAAUUAGUUGGCUGACAGAACUGUAGAAAUUAUUAUUCUAAAAAGAAAACAAAACCAUUUUAUUUUUAAAUUGUAAAUGCUCAUCAGUGAGGGUUUAAUGAACAGUAGGAAAAGAUCAAAGUUACCAAUAAUGUGUGAAUGGCUGUUUUAAUUUUGAUUUUUUUUUUCAAUGUGUACAUAAUGCCAGGGGAAGAGAUUGCCCUGGCAUUGUGGCUUUUGGGGCCAAUGACACCCUUUGCUGUAGGACUCAGCCUCUAAGGAAGAUUUGGUGCUGCAUAUCAGACACGCUCAGGUGUGUCCUGGCAAGGGAGGACUUUGACCCAGGAUGUGACCUGUGUGCUUCAGGGUUUGGAUGAACCUGCCCUCCAAGCCCACCAGAGGAUGAUGAGUGUUGUUAAUGUGAUGUACCCAGAGUUUUACUCAGCCUCCAGGGAGAACACUUGAGUUUGGCUGCUUUCCCUUCACAAUUAUGGAACAGAUGCAGGAUAAUAGUUCUGUGUUUUCAGAGCAAAAAGAUUCCAAAUCCACCAUUGAACUCACAGGUACUUCAUGUGGAACUGCACCUGGAGGGAACUAGAAGUAAGCUUUGGGUUACUAGAACUGCUUCUGUAAAUGAGGCAAGAGCUAAAUAAUGAUUUCAUGACACUAAAGUUAAAAUGGCUGGAGAGUAUUCCUGGAUGGACGUGAAAGGGGAAAGCAACCAUGUUCCUGUAAAGGAGAGAUUUGGGGAAGAGGAGCAGGAAAAUACAGGACUACAGCAGCCCUCAGUGUCUUCUCAGGUGAAAUUUGGAGCAGAGUGAGCUAAUCAAAUAGUAUUCCUGACCCAGAUGACUCCAUUUGUCUUGAUAAUCACAGUGUGCCCAUGCUGGAGGUGCAGGUUCUCAGUGCAGUGGGGGACAGGUGCUGUGGUGCAGUGAAGAGCUCAGUGCCCAGGCAGGACAGGCUGUGAGAGGGCAGAACCACCCUCCUGCCUGCCUGCUGCCUUGGGGAGCAGCUCUGCUUUAGCACCUGGAUGUUAAAAAAAAGCUCUGCAGAGCAUGGUGCAAAGCUGGACUCCUCCCUCUACCCAGCUUUUGCCCAGUUUGUGCCUGUAACUGGCUGGAAGAGAAGACAGUGGGAAUUUGAGAGCAGGCACCACUUUCAGACUGAAGCUGGUGUCUGGUACAUGCCACGAGAACAGGAAAUCCUGCUGGGAUAAAGCCUCUGGGCACACACAGGAAGGUUUUUUCCCCUGAAGAUGCUGCUGGUGACUGCUGGCAGCAGCUGUGUGAGGAAAGCUGAUCUUUGGAAUGAGAUUUUUUAGCCCCUAAGCCUUAGAGGGUGAGGCCAUCCCUGUGUACCUGGAUGCUCCAUGGUGCUGGUGCUGCUGUCCCUGCACAGAGCCCACCCUCCCAUCCUCUUUAAGGAAAUCCAGAACUGCUGCUACCAGGGCUUGAAUUGCACCUCCUCAAGUCAGCUCUCCUGGGCUGAUGCCAACUGUUUAUUUGGACAUUUUGUUUUCUCUGGACAGUGAAACUAGAGAAUUAAAGGAGCUGAGUUAAAAGCAGGCUUAGGUUCCUAAAGAGCUGCUUUCUGUAGCAAAUUUGCAUCUGGGUGAAACAGGCAAAGUUGUUUUAAUGGAAAAGUUCUAGCCACCUCCUGCUGAAAGACAGGGAAAGUGCUUCCUUCCCCAGUCUGAUCUUAGGAGGGAGUUCUGUCUGUGGCAGAAUCUAUUGGUGCCCUCUCUGCACCUGUCGCAAAUGUAAAACUCUCCUGUGCCCUCCAGGCAAUCAUGUGAGGGGAAACCUGACCCUCCCCAACCCUGGAGAGCUGGGGGGAAUCUUAGUGUUGGACAGAGAAAAUGGACAAUCCUUUCCCACUCCUGCUGGAACUGAGAGGAAAUCUGAGUGUUUGUUAGAGGAGACUGGAGCUGUUAAAAGCUGGAGAGGGUGGUUGAUGUUGUGGGAGGUUUGCACUGCAGGGCUUGACCCCUGAAGGAGAUCAGGAUGACAUUGCCACCUGCUGCCAUUGGUUUUUCUGGAAGGGGCUGGAAUUGUUGCCAUCACAAUCAAGGGUGGAGUGAGGAGUGGCUGUGUGGUGACACUGGUCACCUCAUGUACCUCUUGCCAUGUCUUUCUUUGAAACAGAAUCUACUUGGCCUGAUCUUGCUGUCACCUUUUAGCCACUUUUCUGUGUAUCCAAGUGACCAGACUUGAAUUCUCUGAGGGAUGACUUGGAGAUCAGGCUGUGGCUUGUGCAGUGUCAAUCUGAUUCUUGUUUUUUCUGCCUCGUUCUGCUUGUACCACCUGUGCCCUUGGAAGAGUUUCCCUGCAGGAUGAGAUUCCAAGGCUCAUCUCCUGCCCAUGCUGUCCCCAGAGAGGGCACACAGCUUUGUCCAGCAUGCACAGGGAGGGGACACUGCCGUGGCAGGGCUCACCUGGGCAGGAGUCUCUCAGGUGCCCCAGCUGCUCCCACAGCCUGCACGAGGGGUGGUUUGGGCACCCUGGGCUGCUCAGGGACGUGAGAAGGGAAGUGGCUGAGGAGAGGGUGAGGCUGUGUCCCCUCUGCACAGCUGGGGAAGGGCUGUGUCAGGCUGUUCCCUCCUGCCAUGGCUGUGCUUUCCUCGGUUCAGUGUCACAAUCCAGAGAAGCCACCAACCUCGCUGUGGCCCAGCUUCCCCCUUGCCACCAUGGUGUGUUCUCAGCCCGGGUUGCUGCGUGCUGUGGCAGAGCCUGAGCAAAGCCUGAGCUCCCUCUGGACAGGGUCAGCAGCUCUGGGGCAGCCCCAGCCCCUCUGCGGAAUUUAAAGUUGUUCUGGUUACACGGGGAGGGGAGGGCUCGAAGGAUGACCGGACGUGGCUCCGUUAUUAAACUCCUGUGGUGACACACACACAGCGUGCUUGGGGGUGCAGUCCUGUCUGGGGGCCACAGCCUGGGCCUGGCUGUGUGCCCUGAGCUGUGCUCUGCACACCUCUGCCUCCAGAUCACCAUCGAGGAGGGAGCUCAGAGCAUCCAGGCCCUGUCCCUCAGUGGGCUUUCGUUGCUUUUCUCUGAGUGCCUUUUUUUGAGUUUGUCUGGAGCCAGUCCCACCCAAUCCAGCAGGAUUUCUAGUUUUGUUUACAGUGGACUGUCAGUUUUGUUUUUACUCUUGCUCUUUGUGGUGGUAACUUGUCUGAUGUUAAUGUGAAUAUCAAGAAUCUCCUGUACAUAAUUAACCAAUAAAAUAGGUUGCAUUUUAC